GGGCGGGGCUCUGCGUUAAGGUCCCGCCCCCAGGCCCUCCCCUUCUUCCUCGGCCGCCUCGAGGGGUGCGUGUCUGUGAGGAGGGGCCCAGGCUGGGGAGGAGGGGCGGAGGGCGUCCUCAGAGCUCCUCCCCUAGUUCUUCCGAGGGGGCAACUGAGGCCCCAGGUCAAGUGACGUGUCCAAGGUCAGAUAGGGAAUCCGGGCCCGAGGCGGGACUGCAACCCGGACCCUCAGCUCCCCGCGCACACGCGAGGCGGGGAGGGGGGAAACAGGCCGAGAGCCGGGAAGAGCGGUGCCGGGUCAUAGAGCGCGUCCCCGGAGAUGCCGGUGUGGGGAAAGAGGAAGAUACCGGGGGCUAGGCGGACCACUGCCUGCCUGUGACCCCCUCGCCCUACUUCUUCCUAUCACAGUGCUUGCCCUCCUCAGGUUUGGGGCGUGGGGGGCAUGAACCCCCCCGGGGGAAGAAGGGCCCGGAGGCCCCGAGAGCAGGACCCGGAUGUGCGGCUCUCCAAGGCUCUGUCCUAUGCCCUGCGCCACGGGGCCGUUAAGAUGGGGCUGCCCAUGGGCUCAGGACCCCUCUCGCCCCCUUGCAGACGGCUUCGUGCCCUUGGACGCCCUCCUCCGGCUGGCCCAGUUCCGGGACUUCUCCGAGGAGGACGUGCGCCGGGUGGUCAGAACCAACGCCAAGCAGCGGUUCGCCCUGCGCCCCGGCCCCCCGGGCGGCUGCGCCUCCAUCCGGGCCAACCAGGGCCACUCCCUGCAGGUGGCCGACCUGGAGCUGACCCCCCUCAGCGCCCCCCAAGACCUGCCUCCCGUUCUGGUCCACGGGACCUACCGGCGCCACUGGCGCUCCAUCCGGCGGGAGGGGCUGUCUCGGCGUGGGAGAACCCACAUCCACCUGUGCGCCAGCCUGCCCGGGGAGACCCACGCUCUCAGCGGGAUGCGCCCGGACUGCGAGGUGGCCGUGUUCAUCGACGGGCCCUCGGCCCUGGCUGAUGGAAUCCCCUUCUUCUGCUCGGCUAACGGGGUGAUCCUGACUCCGGGGGACGCCAGGGGCUUCCUGCCUCCCAAGUACUUCAAGGAAGCCCUGCAGCUGGGCUCCCCAAGGAGGCCUCUCCCUCUGGAUGAAGAGGAGACAGAGGGUCAGAGCAGUCACCAGGACCCCUCAGCCAACACUUGAGGAAAGAGCUUGGGGAGUGUUCAACCACGAAAUAUUUAUUUAUAAGAUGACAAAUAAAAACACAGAAAACCUCGUG